AUGGGUAGUGGACAACAUAAAUCAGCAUCAGCCGUUAGCUCUUACAGCGUGAAAGCUAGACAAAUGCCACCUAGUAAAUUCUAAAUCAGAUCCCAAUCAAAAGCUCCCACCCGAAGUUCUAGAAGGAUUUGGCAGAGUCCUCAAAUCCCAAGCAGAGCGAGUAAAAGGCUCUAACCGUAAAAAGCCAGAACUGCCUUCAACAAUCCAAGAGAAAAAGCCCAACCAAGACAAUAAUUCCAAUGCAAAUCCAGAAGUCCAAGCCCCUCCUUCUGUAGUCCCUGCUGUAGUUAUAGAAAAUAAUAAAGAACCUGAACAGGAACAGGCAUUCCAAAUCGACCAAAACCAAAUUGAAGAGCCAGAAGAGUUCAAAGAAGUCCCUGGAGGCUUACCAGACGGUAGAAAAUCCCCUGAAGCCCCUUCAAUAGACGUUGAAGAAGAAGUAGAAAUGAAAAUUGACCCAAAUAUUUUAUACAUAAUUCCCAUAAAUGUCCUUCUACUCACCCUCUUAUAUGAAAUAUUCAUAGAAAUUAAGCAUAAAAGAACAAAGAGAAGCUAAGGAAAGAGAAGCCUAUUUAGAUGCUGAAAAAAUUGCUAAUGAUUUAAGGAAAGCAGAAGAAGAGGAAAUUAUAAAACAGAAAACUGUUAUGGGGAGCAUGGAAGGGCAGGCUAAAAGCAUUUUAGAUAAGUACAGAUAA